GUUUGCUGUUCUCAACGUUUAACCGCUGACUGGGCUCGGUGUUGGCUCUCUUGGCUGUUGGUACUGAACUGGAUCGCCACUUCCUCCGCCUCUUCGGCUCUCUUUGACCGCAUCAUGGGAAGCAAAUUGUCGUCUGCGCAACGCUCCAAGACGCACCAGGCGGAGACCACGAAAGACUACGAGGAACGGAAGAAGAGCCGGCAGCAGAGGCUCAAGGAGUCGGAGGCCAAGUGGAAGGCGGCCCAAGAAAAGACGCAGUCUUCCCCUCCACCCAACAGGGGUGGAAAGCGAUGACCGUUGUCGUACCUGGUUGAAAGUGUUCACCUCAAGUGCAUGGUCGUGCAUAUGUACCUGGUGACGCGACACACGUAUUGAUCUGGCUUCAGCCUGGUUGUGUCGGGAAAGGUGUCUUUCUGUAAAUAGUAACAGUCACGCUCCGCUUAACUGGCCCUCUCCUACAUAAUGUGGGCAAUCAUUGUGUUGGGCGGGAAGGGGCGUGGUGCUGUGCCAUUGGGGUAUGCUACAAUGUAUAGGUAAAAAAUUGUGACGGCACUCGUGCCUGAACUGAUGGUAGCCAGACAGGCUUGAACGUAGUGUGGGGUCGUUUCAGACGACUGCAAUAUAUUUUGGUACAAGAAGCUGGACGUAUGUAGAGAGAACGUGACGGCAUGGAAUAAGGAGGCGACCAAUUUGACCGGAUCAUAUUUGCAGUACCCCCGUAAACCGGGUUCGGUUUCACGCGAAACAAUAUGGCACUGUUGCGAGCAUGGCCUGUGCGUGUGAACUGCAGAACAUUGCAAGUUCGUUCCGCGGGGAGUGAUCGCAAGGCAGAGUUCUGAAGAACCGUCGCUGGUUUGAUGGGGC